UGGUUGCAUCACGCACUAGCUUUUUCCUCUCCCUCCUCACCUCUCUCUCUCCUCGCUUUCUCUUUCCAUCUCCAGCCUCGGGUGGGCUUAGAUCCUUUGCAAGAUCUGCUUGCUCGCUUCCACUGGAAAUAUUCUCCGGCCACCACCACCGGCGCAAGGCAACAAGAAUAUACUGCACCCCGUACACAACACACACACAAACGUCGCGGUCUCUCGUCUCUCUAAAGCUGCAAGCCUUGCUUUGGCGGUUCCCCGGUCAUACUGAAACAUUAGAAGGGCUAGCCGAUCGAUGACCACUCUGCUCAUCGCUUCUCUUCUCUGAUCGAUCCGAUCGAUGCCACCGUAGCGGUCAAUUGGACCAGCCUUUGUUUCAGUACCUUGUCGCUCCCUUUGCUUCCUUUUUCUUUUCUGAGCUUGCUUGCAGUGCCUUUCAUGCUCUUGUCACAUACUUGCACUAGCCUCUCCUAGCUUUUCCUUUGAGCUGAGCUGAGGGAUACCACCAGCCCUUGCCGUAUAAAACGUGUCCUGCUGCGUAGGCUCUAGGCCGUCCUGCUGAUAUACGCACACACUAUAUUGGGCUCGUAGGAGGCAUUCGACCGACGAUGAGGAGGAAGGGGAGCGAGUGCACAAGGAUCAGCCCAGCCGAGAUCGGCAGCGCCACGCCCAUGAUUUCCCUGGCGUCCAGAUCCGGCCGGAGGGCGGCGCCUGACCGGGAACGGCCUCGGCAGGUGCGGGGCGCGUGCGGGUCUCGCCUGCUGCGGAGCGCCCGGUGGACGGCCGCGCGGUUCUACCGGCGAGCGAGGGUGAGCAUCAUCAGGGCGUUCUUCCGGUCGGCUUCGACGACCAAGAAAACAGCUGCUACUGCCACCGUUGCGUCACCGGAUUGCACGCCGGCGAGGCAUAGCAGUAGGCGGCAGCAGCCUGCGCCACCGGUGGUCGUCGACGACUCGCAUAAGAGCGAAGCGGUGGAGGAGUGCAUCAAGUUCAUGAACUCGUCGUCGAGGAAGUACCGGUAGAGUGUCGAUCGGGGGAUUCUGUGUGCGCGGAUGCUAGCGUCUUUCUUGUAUUUGUUCUCUUUUGUUGGCCUUUCAUCUAUGUGCGCAUCUGAUCAAACCUUGUACUUGAGAAACAUACCGGCUACUUCUCUCAUCUGUCUGUGCCUGGCAACGAGGCUGUGUAUAUUUUCC